UGAAGUCCCGCCUCUCGCGCGAGCUGAGGCAGAGCCGGAGUCCUUCAAUGGAGGCGAGCGCGUCAUCUGCAGUUCCUCUGUAGUUCAACUUCGUUCUUUUUGUGUUAUAUAUACUGCGUGUUUCUUUCUUUUCAUAUGUGCCCAUCGCUGAGCAAGUAUUAACCACUAACCACUUCUUUGACCCCCAGUCGGCUGUGACCCUAGGACAGAAUGAUUAAACGCUACGAUCAGCACGAGCUGAUCCACCGACAGCCGCUGGAAAGGGGAUCGCCAUACACAGCGGCCUCCGAGUGAAGCUGGGCCCGGGCUCGGGCCCUUAGUGGACGCACUUGGCACUGUUGUUCGGGACUCUGUUUCAAUUGUGCCCCAAAGACAUGCUGUAAAGGCCCCUGAGAAAAUUGCUUUAUGUGGAAGUUAGCGCUGAAGAAAUUCCUCUUGGAUUGACUGAAGCUUAAUUGCCUGGAAUUGCCUCCUUUGUCUCUAAACCUGUGCUGAAUCGAGUCAUGGGGGCAUUUCUGGACAAGCCAAAGACUGAAAAACAUAAUGCACAUGGCGAAGGCAAUGGUCUCCGCUUUGGGCUGAGCAGUAUGCAAGGAUGGAGGGUUGAAAUGGAAGAUGCCCACACAGCUGUGGUGGGCAUACCUCAUGGCCUCGAUGAUUGGUCCUUUUUUGCAGUAUAUGAUGGGCAUGCUGGAUCCAGAGUGGCUAAUUACUGCUCCAAGCACCUGCUGGAGCACAUCACCAAUAAUGAAGACUUCAGGGGUGCAGAGAAACCUGGAUCAUCUGUGGAGCCCACAGUAGAAAGUGUCAAGAGUGGUAUCAGAACUGGCUUUUUAAAAAUUGAUGAGUACAUGCGCAACUUCUCAGAUCUGCGCAAUGGCAUGGACCGCAGUGGCUCAACAGCAGUGGCAGUCCUGCUGUCACCUGAGCAUAUGUACUUUAUUAAUUGUGGAGACUCCAGAGCAGUGUUGUACCGCAAUGCACAGGUUUGCUUCUCCACACAGGACCACAAACCCUGCAAUCCACGUGAGAAAGAGCGCAUCCAGAAUGCAGGGGGCAGUGUAAUGAUUCAACGAGUUAAUGGCUCAUUAGCAGUCUCCCGUGCCCUUGGGGACUAUGACUAUAAAUGUGUAGAUGGCAAGGGUCCCACCGAACAGCUAGUUUCUCCAGAGCCCGAGGUUUAUGAGAUUCUGAGGGCUGAGGAGGAUGAGUUUGUGGUACUGGCAUGUGACGGGAUCUGGGAUGUCAUGAGCAAUGAGGAGCUCUGCGAGUUUGUCAAGUCUAGGUUGGAAGUGACAGACGACCUGGAGAAAGUAUGCGACUCGGUUGUUGAUACCUGCCUGCACAAGGGAAGUCGUGAUAACAUGAGUAUUGUACUAGUCUGCUUCAUGAAUGCACCCAAGGUUUCUGAAGAUGCUGUCAAAAAAGAUGCCGAGCUGGACAAGUACCUGGAGGCACGCGUUGAAGAAAUUUUUGAAAAAUCUGGUGAAGAAGGAAUUCCAGACCUGGUUCAUAUAAUGCGGAACUUGUCAGCAGAAAGCAUCCCAAAUUUACCACCUGGAGGUGGCCUGGCUAGCAAACGCAGUGUAAUUGAAGCAGUCUAUAACCGGCUCCACCCACAUAGGGACGAUGAUGGGGAUCGCCAUGGACCAGAAGACAGAGGAACCUCGGGAAAGUUGCUUCACACACUUCGGCAGAUGAGAAUCAAUCAUAGGGGCAACUAUCGUCAAGUGCUGCAAGAAAUGCUUUCUACUUACAGGAAAGCUGGGGAGGAAGGCGCUUCAGUCUCCCCCAGCAUUACCGUUCGAGAUGGCACCACUUCGGUUUCAGUCUCCCCUGCUCAAAAAUCCACCAGAAGAAGCCAUUCGUCCAAGUUCCUUCACAGCGACUACAGCACCAAGCAGGAAGAGCCUGGAGUAGAUCAUACAGAGUGACGCACAGCCAGAGCCAGUCUGUUGUCGUGUUAGAAGCUCCUAGAUUGUUUGGCUUUAGAGCAUGUGUAAAAUCAGUUAGCGCAGAAAUCUAGCCACCACGCUUUGUUCUCCUAUUAUUAUACCUUGUGACAUGUGCUGCAAGAUGAAUUUAAAAGCAAAAAAGAGAUUCUGCUCACAUUGGGUUUUUUUUUUUUGCAAAUUAGAUCACCAGGAGUUACAACCAGUCAGGAAGACAAAUAGGACAUGUGGUUUAUUGUUUUGCUUUAAACAAACUUUCACUUGUUUGUCUUCAUAGAAAUCAAUACAAUACAAUACAGUUUAUUUUUGUAUAGCCCAAAAUCACACAGGAAGUGCCGCAAUGGGCUUUAACAGGCCCUGCCUUUUGACAGCCCCCCAGCCUUGACUCUCAAAUCAUAGCAUGGUCUAGGAGUGACUCUGAUAUGCCUAUUCAUCAUGCGUGAUGUACAGAAGACCUGCUUUUUUAUAUUCUAGUCCUCGCUGUCUAUCUCCUUCCCUUCAGAUGUGCCAGCUGCCCCAUUCUUCACAUAUGUAAGAAUUAUGAUGUCAAAAUGAUUGGAAGGGACCCUUUCUGCAACUGCUCUCGUAGCCCCUUGCAAAGCCCCGGAAAAUGUUGACUUGCUGUUGCCACAGCAACAGCAACAACAUUAACAGCACUGCCACCCUCAUGAACCUCCCACCCCAGUGCCCAGUUUAUUUAAGAUUAGCUUUGGAUCUGGUGACUGCAGCAAGCGAGUCUUGGGGCUCUUCGGCCUUAGGGUUGUUCACCUUGAAGAGAAGAGUCGAGUCUUGCUUUAGAGAUACCAUUUCUAGUGAGUGUAGAAGAGGGCAUGCAUGGCAUCCGAUUUUUAAAGCCAGCGCUACUUUUUCUGUUCUCGGGGCCUAACGCACCUUGACUGUUGAAGUCCUGGUAUGCUGUGUCAGUGGAUUUGUUGAUGUACUUGACUGAAAAGGGCGUGGGUCAUGUUAAGUAGACCGGCCGGUUAAUUCUCUCCAAACAUUAUAAGAAUUUCUCUGUUUGCAGUUCCUCCCACCUCCCCUGUUAAUUUUGAAGUGCAGUUGCUGCUAUGAUAAGAAAUUAAUUUUGUCAAUUUUACUUUUAACACCUUUUGGAUAAUUAGUUGGUAAUGGUCCAUGUAGCUAACCAAAGUGUUUUGAAAUGGCCAGUAAUUGUGCCAAGUAAUCUUUAGCCAUAGUUUUAUUUCAGUUUUUUUGGUAGUGUCUCAGGGAUUAAUUACAAAGACAACUUAUUACCAAGUAAACACGUGAAUAUCAAUCAACAUUUAUUUAUAUAGCACAUAUGCAUACAAAAAAAUGUAGCUCAAAGUGCUUUACAAAAUGAAUAGA